UUAUUACCGCCAGCCGGGCGUGCGGGAAUAUCGAGUUUUCAUUUCUAUUUAGUUUUUCCACAUAUCUUCGAACCCUAAGUUCCCGCGGCAAAUCGUUACAGGAGCACGAAGAGGAGAGGGAAAUGGCUGGGAUUGGACCGAUUUCGCAGGAUUGGGAGCCGGUUGUCAUCAGGAAGAAGGCACCCAAUGCCGCCGCCAAAAAGGACGAGAAAGCCGUAAACGCCGCCCGUCGGGCUGGUGCUGAGAUCGAAACCUCAAGGAAAUCAAAUGCCGGAACGAACAAAGCUGCUUCCAGCAGUACCAGUUUGAAUACCAGGAAGUUGGAUGAUGAGACAGAAAACCUCACUCAUGACCGGGUGCCAACUGAGCUGAAGAAGGCAAUUAUGCAAGCCCGUACUGAGAAGAAACUUACCCAGUCGCAGCUUGCUCAAUUGAUCAAUGAGAAGCCACAAAUCAUUCAGGAGUAUGAAUCUGGGAAAGCCAUUCCAAAUCAACAAAUUAUCACCAAGCUUGAGAGAGCUCUUGGAACCAAGCUUCGUGGGAAAAAGUAGGAGCCCUCCUUUGGUAAUGGUAAUGUAAGUGGUGAAUUUGGGUAUAAAAGGAGCUUUGGCUUGGCUUGGCUUCAGAUAAUAACCUUGCUCUUGGGUUGUGAUCUGAGUAUGUACUGUGAAUUAAUUUAGCUUGUUUGUCUCAUCUAUCUAAUCUACUUUGACUUUUCUAUUCUAAUGAACACUUACCUUUUCGAGUCUGUCGU